AUGUACGGUGGCGGCGGCGGGCACUACGACGGCGGCGGCGGCGGCGGCGGCGGUGGCGCCGGGAACGCCAACUCGCUCUUCGGCGGUGGGGGCUUCAUGCCCUCACAGUCCACGGUGGUCCCGGAGAGCAGCGGCUUCUCCAAGGGUCGGAGCGCGCAGACGCUGCUCCCGCUCACCGUGAAACAGAUCAUGGACGCGGCGCAAGCCAGCGAUGACAAGUCUAAUUUCGCCAUCGACGGCGUUGAGGUGUCCACGGUUAGGCUUGUUGGACGCAUGUUGAAUAAGGUUGAGCGCGUCACAGAUGUUCAAUUCACUCUUGAUGAUGGUACCGGCAAGAUAGAUGUGAAUCGUUGGGAAAAUGAGUCUUCCGAUGCCAAGGAAAUGGCUGAUGUCAAUAACCGGAACUAUGUCAUAGUCAAUGGCGGUUUGAAAGGUUUUCAAGGAAAGCGCAAUGUAGUUGCCUACUCUGUGCGGCGUGUGACAGACUUCAAUGAAAUACCCCAUCACUUUCUGCACUGCAUUCAGGUGCAUCUGGAUCACACCAGGCCAAAGGCCCAAAUAAAUGCUAGUGUGGCAACCCCUGGUCAUACUAACCAAGUUUGGCUCUCUAAUAAUCAGGCUGCAACGUUUUCUGCAUCAGGAAACGCUGCUGGAAACGAUGUAUCCAAAUUGGUCAUGAGUGUUUUUCAUGACCCAGCAGCCAUAGACCGGGAGCAUGGACUGCACAUCAAAGAUGUCGCAGCUCGUCUUAAACUACCAGAAGAUGUAGUCAGGGCGGUCAUCCAAAAACAUAUUGACCAGGGCAACAUUUACAACACGAUUGAUGACAACCAUUUCAAGUCUGCCCUGAAUGGAUGA